GGACACUGGGCAUCUUCAACUGACGACAAACAUGGCGCCGAGCCGUGCUCCCGACGUGUAUAGUCGCGCUCGGUGUUUAAUGUGUCCCAUUGUGAUCGCGCUAGUUUCGCUCCUUCAUUCGAGUGCUGGGAGUGGGAGUGAUAAAUCUUUCCCCGUGGCCAAGUAUUUGGACUACAAUGCGACCACAACUUUGUUGCACGAACUUGCUAACAAGCAUCGUUCGCUAGCGUCUGUUUACAGCAUCGGCAAGAGUGUGAAGGGGCGCGAGCUAUGGGUGCUGAAGAUCACCACCGAUGCUCACGUACGGAGCAUUGGCAAGCCUCUGUUCAGGUACACGGCCAACAUACACGGCAACGAGGCACUGGGGCGCCAACUUCUCUUGUAUCUUGCGGAAUACAUGUUGGAAAACUACGGCACCGACAGCCGCAUCACGCGGCUCGUCAACAACACAGAACUGCAUUUCUGUCCAUCGCUUAACCCGGACGGAUACGCGAAUGCUAGCGAAGGUGACUGCGAGGGAGCCAGUCGAGACUCGGGUCGCUUUAACAGCCAUAUUGUGGACUUGAACGGUAACUUCCCAGGUAGCGAAACCGACCUGACAAAGAUGACAGUGGGCAGAGAGCCGGAGACUUUAGCUAUCAUGAAAUGGUCAGUUCUCAAUCCUUUCGUUCUUUCGGGAAGUCUGCACAGCGGACUGGUCGUUGCCGUGUACCCAUAUGACUUCCGCUCGCCCGAAGCGCCGAUGGACAGCCCCAAUCUGACCCCCGAUGACGACGUGUUUCGACAUCUGGCGGGUACAUACGCGAGAACACACAGUGACAUGUUUCGAAGCCCUCAGUGCCAGGAGUAUUUUGACGGCGGUAUCACCAACGGUGCCGAAUGGAUUCCUGUGUCAGGGAGCAUGCAGGAUUUCAGCUACAUCUACACAAAUUGCUAUGAAGUCACCCUAGAGAUAUCCUGUUGCAAGUAUCCAAUGGCAAACACGCUUGUCAGCGAAUGGGAAAAAAACAAAAAUGCCCUCUUGAGCUACAUGGAACAGGUCCACAUGGGUGUGAAAGGAGUGGUAAAAGAAUUUGGCACAGGCAAGGCUGUUCCUAAAGCUACGGUCAUCGUGCAAGGCAUCAACUACAACAUAACCACCACAGAAAGAGGAGAGUUCUGGAGGCUUCUGCUUCCUGGCCAGUAUGCUCUCCAUGUGUCCAGCCCAGGGUAUGAGAGCACUGUGAGGCAUAAUGUCACUGUGAUGACUGGAGCUGCGACAUGGGUAGAUGUUAUUCUCACACCGGUGCCAUCCACCACCAAACCGCCCAAACAGUAUGCUCCUCUCGAUACGGACUUUGUGUUUUCCACCAAACCCGAGUUCAAGUACCACAGUCAAGAGGAACUGGUUGCCAUCUUCAGAAAUGUUACUAAGAAAUGUCCCACCAUCACUCGACUCUUCAGCAUUGGCAAAUCUGUGGAGGACAGAGAUCUCUACUUCCUUGAGAUUAGUGACAAUCCUGGUCAUCACGAACCAGGUGAACCAGAGUUCAAGUAUGUUGCGAAUAUUCAUGGCAAUGAGCCGGUUGGUCGUGAAUGUGUUCUGCUGUUGGCACAGCUCCUCUGUGAGCAGUAUGGCAAGUCUCGCCGCUUGACAACUCUUGUAAACAACACACGCAUCUUCCUAAUGGCCUCAAUGAACCCUGAUGGCUAUACAAGAGCCAAUGUCGGCGACUACAGCAGUCUAGUGGGCCGAUUUAAUGCUCACAAUGUUGACCUGAACCGCGACUUCCCUGAUCAAUAUCAGCCCGACAAGGCAUACAACCCACGAGAGCCUGAGACAAGGGCCAUGAUAAACUUCAUAGUGGCGCGGCCCAUAGUGCUGUCGGGCAGCCUGCAUGGAGGUGCUCUGGUCGCCAACUACCCUUACGAUGGCAACAGAGAGAGAGUGGAGCGCAUCUACAGUGCCACACCGGAUGACUCCCUCUUCCGGUACCUGGCUCUUGUCUAUGCCCGGGCUCAUCCAACCAUGAGUCUAGGAAAGCCUUGUUCAAAAGGACCCAAAGAUGAUGCAUUCAAGGAUGGAAUCACAAAUGGAGCAGCAUGGUACAAUGUAUAUGGUGGAAUGCAAGACUUCAACUAUCUGCACAGCAACAGUUAUGAGCUAACAAUUGAAAUGGGCUGCUAUAAGUACCCACCUGCAUCUGACUUGCCAAAAUAUUGGGAUGAACACAAGCAUGCACUUGUAAAAUUCAUGGAGAAGGUUCACCAGGGCGUGAAGGGAUUUGUCAAGGAUGAAGUUGGGCUGCCAGUGCCCAAUGCCACAGUCCACGUUCUUGGCAUUCAUCAUGACGUGCGUUCAGCUGUGGAUGGAGACUUCUGGCGACUUCUCAUGCCUGCGACCUACUCUGUCCGAGCUUACGUUGAUGGUUUUCCUCUGCCAGUACAACGGGUGACUGUUGUGGAAGGCAACGCAACGUGGGUAAAUUUCACCGUUGACCGCCACUACGCCAAGUGGUCAAGGGAGCAUGACUUCCUUAUUGGUGAAAAUGGAGAACCCAAGUAUCUGGGUGCUGAUGAACUUACCAACCUGUUGAUGCAGCUGCGUCAAAACUACUCUGACAUUGUUGAGGUCAAGGACAGCUUUGGCCCACCUGGUGAAACUGCACUCCAGUUCCUGCGAAUCACGGUGCCGAGCAAAAAAAUGAAGCCAGAGGUUGUACUCAUUGGAGGCCUCAAUGGAGGACGCCCUGCAGGAAGGGAGAUGUUGAUUCGCCUGGCCAGGCACCUUGUCACAGGCUAUAAGCUAAGAUCCCAGCGCAUAGUUGACCUUCUGGAGAAAGUGGCGGUGCACAUCGUCCCCUCGGUGGACAAAGCGGGUUUCAGCCACUCUGAGGAGGGCAUAUGUGACUCUCAACUGUCGGAAGAGCUAAAUAUGGAGGACCGUUUUGGCAGUGAGUUCACUGGCCAAUUCCCCAUUGUGGAAGCCGUCAAAGAGGGCCUGAGCGUGUCACACUAUGUGGCAGGUCUUGUCCUCGACACAGGAGGUGUUGGUGUCAGAAUUGCGCUGAAUGAUACAAAUAGUGGCCUGCUGGACAACAUGACUAUGGAUGGCCUCAUAGCUGGCUUCCGCAAGUACGUACCUCUGUCCAAGUGUGGAAAACAGCCGAGAUCUGUUCAUGACGGCUCUUUGCUCCAGUAUGCCUACAACAAGCAUGGUACUCUAAUGGCAUCUGUGCUUCUGGACUGCUGUGACUUCCCUACCAGAAAGGAAAUUCCCAAGCUUUGGAUGCACACACUGCACCCUCUUCUUGAAUUCCUGGAAGCUGCAAAGACAAGCAUCCAUGGCAGUGUGACUGAUGAGUAUGGAACCACACUCACAAAGGCAACAGUUGGCGUACAUACAAGCAAACGUCCUAUCGAAACGACCAGUGGUGCUUUCUGUCUUGCUGUACCUCCUGGAAAGGUGGUGCUCACAGCGUCUGCAAGUGAAUUUGAGAUGAGGGUGGAGCGGGUGACGGUGUUGUCGGGCGAGGGGACCAGCCUCGUGCUGGUACUUGAGCCAGACACAUACGAGCGCAAGUACCACAGCUACGCUGAGGCCCUGCAGCUGCUCAGAUACAUUGCCCACAAGUAUCCCAACACCACCUAUCUCUACAGCCUGGGCAGCAGUGCAGGCGGGCGGGACCUGCCUGCCCUGGUGCUGGGUGCUACCCCCCGGGUGCACCGGCCAGGCGUCCCCGAGAUCCGGCUGCAGGCUGGCCUGGCCGGGGGCUCCCAGCUGGCUGCCACUGAGAUGCUCCUCCACUUGGCCCACACACUGGCCACCCGCUACAAGCACAACAGCCUCAUCACGCAGAUUAUGGCUUCUGCUAGAAUUCAUAUUGCCCCAAUACUUGAUCCUGAUGGCGUCACCAACUCAUCUAUUGGAAAAUGUGAUGCAAAUGAAUCCACCCCUAGUGGCAGCAAUUUGUUCUAUAUGUUUGGUGGGCAUAGUUCACGUCCGGAGGUUCAAGCUGUGCAACAGUGGACACAACGAUACCACUUUGUCACUUCGCUCAACGUGUUGACUGGCGGCUUGGCACUAGCACUGCCCAAAAGUGCUGGUGCCAUCGACAUGGCAGUGCUCAGAAAACUGGCCAAGACUUAUGCGUACCACAAUGAUGACAUGCUUAAUGGGGCCUUUGCCUGUGGGAAAAAGAGCUACAAUUCAUCUGAUGGAAUUUUGACCGAGUCAGCUGACCUAGGACACCUGAAUGGUUCUGUUAUGGACAUCAGCUACAGAGAGACUGGAACCUAUGAGACAGCAGCCUUCAUUUCCUGCUGUCCAGCACCCAACAUUAGCGAGUUCUCUGCUCUCUGGGUUCAGAACAAGCAGUCGAUACUCAACUACCUGCUCCAGGCCACGCAAGGGCUUGUAGGUUACGUGCGUACCAAGAGCCGCGAUCCCAUUUCUGGCGCCAACAUUAGCAUUGAAGGCCAGCCACUGCAUAGGCCAAGUACCAAGCUAGGCGAGUUCUGGGUUCCACUGGGAGAGGGAAGCUACCAGGUGGUGAUCAGUGCCCCCGACUUCUACACCAUGACCAAGAUUGUGGAAGUUUAUGCCGGUCGUAGCACGAUGGUUGAGUUCCUCCUGCAAGAGAACGUUGUGAUUGCUGGCCUACCAAAACAUGUAUUUGUUGUUCUUACAGGUUCUCUGGUGUUGCUGCUGAUGGUGAGUGCCCUCUGUCUGUACACUGUGGUGAUGAGCCAGCGACAGCCUGAGAGAGCAGGCUUCAUGCCUGUGCAAAGCAAUGGUGGAACAUUGUUUGAUGACGACGACGAUGAUGAUGGGAUAGGACCACAGAAGAGGCGCAAAAGUGCCAGCAACAGUGCCUCUGGUGGCAGUGUGCACAGCAAGUUGCUCAAGGCGGCAGAGUACCACGAUGACACUUCCUCCGAGGAUGAAAUCUACAACACCCGCAACUGGAAAAGUAGCGCAAAGUCGAUCUAAUCUGCACUCAGGGCAUUAAUGUUCGAAAAACCCCUUGCCACCACCCCUCUGUGCUGGUGGAGCUUCCAGUCUACCAGCGUGCUCACCGAGGUGGCAGCAAGGAGCCAGCCAAACUAAAUGCCUGAAUGCCGCCUUCUCAGCUGCCGUAGGCAGAGACUUUCUCCGUGAUUUUGACAACCAGAUGCUUCCAGCUUUGCUGCAUUUUCAUCUUUACUUACUACCAAGAGGAAGGAAAUGGAAGCAGCCUGGUGUGCAACCUUGAAGCCUGCUUGCUCACACAAUGAGACAGGAAAUUGACCAGCGCAUGGUAAUGAUCAGCAAAAAUUUUGUGCACGUACAGGUGCUUGCUUAAUAAGUGUUUAAGCAGUGAACUUACGAACUGGACAUGCAUCCCAGACCUGAAAAGUUCUCUGCGUGCACCUCUCAAGUGUGGAGUGCAAAUUUUUAUCGCUGGUGGCAUGCUCAGGCUAUGAGAAAAUUUCGAUCUCCCUUGGCUUUGCAUCAUUAAGAAAAAGUUGUGAGCAGUUGUACAUAUGUCUGCGGGUAUGGUGGAGAUAGCUUCCACAUGUAGCAUUUGUCCUUUUGCUAAAUUAGUUAUGGAAGCAGGCUUCAAGGAAAAAGGUUGCUUGGGCAGAAACAAGCAAAUAUAGUAGAGGUGCUUCUGGUUUCAUUCCAUCUACCACUGCAAACACACUAUUAAGCACAGUGCACGCAAGGGGUCAGGUGAAUGUGGUGCACGGACACGAAACUGAGCACUGCCAGUACUUCAGCAGAGAACUAGUGGCAAGCACUUAUGCAGCCAUCAUACCUUAAUGAAUGGCAGUGGUAAGAGAAUUCUGUUGUGUACUGGUAAUGAACAGCUGCAAAUUGAAUUGUGUAGGCUUAUGUUGAACAAACGAGUGUAUUAGAUUAGUUUCCAACAUUUGAAUGUACAGCUGCCAACACUUUGUACCAGUUGUUUGGGAAGUGUUGGCAUAUUUUAACACUUUUUUACAAUGGUGCAAUCACUUUUAUUUGUAAUCUUGUUUUACACUUUUUCCUCUGUAUUUUUGGACCUGUACUACUUUUUGAUGGUGGUUAGCGACAACCUGACUUUAAUGCUAGCUGGUGAGGCCGUUGUGAUGAUACUAACUGGGGGAGCCACCUCUGUGGCACUGCUUCUUUCACAUCUAUACGACUGUAGGAGGAUUCAUUGGGUGAUGUCUCAGAGCAGCCGCACUCCAUGCCACGUGAUAGAGCAUCUAUUUGAGAAACUUGUGAGACUAAAGCAAAAUUUCCAGUUAUUGCGUAUCCAGUGCAGUGUUUUAUUGUGUACAUAGAAAGUUGUGCAUGUCUGCAAAUCAUAUGUGCAGCAAGAUGGCUAAAAAGAAAAAAUGCAUUUUACAUUGUUUUAGUGAAUAGUCACAAUAUGUGCAGUGGCCUUAUUUCAAUGUAUGACUACUGUGAUUGCACCCACUCCCAAGAAUGGUUCCUGCUAAGAACAUAUUUGUUGAGAUUUCCUUGUAAACAUUAUCAGCCAGACUUCUGUCUACUAAGUCAGCAGAAUGAGUUCUUUGGCUUUGUUGUGCAAGUUUUGUAGACCGUAAGCAUGUUUUUAUGUAGGCCAUAAUCUGCAGUGUAUAUCAUGAAAUAGUCAAACCACAAUAAACUUCGUUAUAACAAAAUUCUCGGCAUAACAAAGUAUUUAACUUUCUACAAGUUCUUGUCUGUAGAACACCAUGUAUUUAAAACCUCAAUAUAGUGAAGUGUGUUCACACACAAUUUCAAUAUAACGAGAUUUCACUGUCGCUGUGAAGGAAUACCAAAGAAUACCGAGACAAUAAAUAGAAGCCUGUGGGGACGCAGAUCGUUGAAUUACAUGUGACUGCUUGCAAACGCACAUGUCAAAUUGCAUGGCACGCAACCAAGAGCGAUCACCGAAGCGUAGCAGUGUCAUGUUUCGUAUAAAGUCUAAAUGCUAUUAGAUCCCAUCGCACCCCGCGCUGUAUGCCUUGAGCGCAAGUGAAAGUGUGCAAGGGUGAGGUGAGUAGGAUGGUGGUUUGAUGAGCGCUUUCUUUAUGCACCAGAAAUGUGAAGGGGGGAGGGGGGGUAGGUAGCAGAGCGAGCUCGGGGUUACGCGACCAAGCCCACACAAGGGCAGGUUGAUGCGCGUCUCCCUUUCAAGCGCGCCUAAGUGCAUCCGCAGCUCACGCGCUGUUUCAGAGGUAAUCUGUCACCUCUGCCGCAUGUGCAGAGUGGGAAUGGCAUCGUGUAGUACUGGGGGUUUCAGGGGUUGUGUAACCUCUAGUUUUGGAAACUUGUGCAAGUGAAAGGCAGGCAAAGCAUUCGCUCCCCACUGCCGGUGCCUUUCACGAUAGCGUCGUCCCACUGUGGACGACGCUGGCUUUGCUUUGUUAUACCACCAAUAUUCUCAACAUGACAUGAAAUUUUGCAGGCCCUUCCGUGUAAGAAAAAUCCAUUGCCGACUGUACUUAGUUGCACAAAAGGUCAAAUUUCAAUAAAUAAUAUUUGAAUAUAAUGAAGCAUGUUGCCGAUUUUACACACUUCGUUAUAUUGAGGUUUAACAGUACUGUAUUUGCAUGAAUAUAAGACAGCCGUGAAUGCGAGGGGAGUUGGAUGUUAAAGUGUAUUGCAUUCAUCCCAUGAACUAAUGUGUGCAAUGCAACCAACUGUAGUUGUGAGCACUUAACUAAAAUGAAUGUUUUAGCAUUGUGCAAUGUGUACUGUAGUGGAGCUGUGGGCAUACGUUGUGAAAUUAGAUCACCCCUUGCAUAACACAUGGCAAUGAGGGCUGAAAUUCAUGCAUGCCACAGCAACCGCACUUAUAUAAAUAAGGCUGCACAAGUGUGCAUUAGACUAUUGGACUACUCCAAGAGGGUGCCCCGUUUUCUCGUUUUGUGUACUUGCAUCUACGCAAGUGUGCAAUUGCCUUUCUGCAAAACUUAACUGCCUAGUGCUUGAGCUCGCUAUAUUUUGAAGUGCUAGUUGCACGAUAAUUUUUUUCUGCAACUGUGAUUUCUGAGCCCAGUAAUUGCACAUGCAUACAAAGGCUGUCAUAUUCAUGUAAAUGCAGUACUAAUGCACAACCACUUGUGUCAGCUGUGCUUGUAAAUUGAAGUUCUGCAUUUGAUUCUAGCCAGGUUUUCAAAAUUGUGCUUGGCUUCAUUGUUCUAUAUCGUCAUGUCAAAGUUCAGCCCUAAUAUAGGCUGAGUAAUCACCACAGAUUCCACUUAAUUACCACGUAAUGCCUCACCAUGCCAAUUUAAAUAUAGUGCCAAAGCCAAAGAGUCAUUUUUGCUGAAUCUAACUUCUCCUAUUUUCUGUAAUUUAUAUGAGUAGAGGUGCUCAAACUCUUAUGUAUAGGGGUUGACAUGGUCCUUUGUGGAAUGCACAUAACUAUUGAGCGAGUUUUCGUACAGAGAAUGGCCACACUGGCCAGUAAUCUAAUUUUUUGGGUUGGGUUAUGCUGUUGGGAAGGUUGCACGUCUUUCAAGCGUACUUAGCAAACUGUACUGUUGUCAUGUUGCAUGUUACAUAGGAAAAUUUUCAGACACACCCUAAAGCAACCAAAGUUCAUGCAUAAUGCCCAAUGGUGUCUUUCUCUUAGUUUGCCUCACUCUGCUGCUCAGUCAUGAGACUUGUUCAAAUGUUACCCCGUCUGUUUUACCAGGGAUGUACCACACAUCAAGUAUGUAACAGAAGGUUGUCUAUUGUGGGACGUGUGUGUGUAUGCGUUACUUGUUUUGGGAGCAGUGUAUUCACAGGAUCUUGACAGAGCUUUCCAUUGUAGUGCUUGCAGAUGUGAGAAACAGAAUGCUGUGUAGAGAUUGCUGCAUACAGUCCAUUUGUACCAUUUCCCUGUACCUUGCAGGGUUGGAGGACCGCAAUAGUUCUAGUGCAAUAGCUACUGCCUUGUAAGACAGCCUGUUGUAUAUUUAACUUCAGGAAUUUGUUUGGUAUGGGAACUGCAAUGACAUUACUAUAAGGUCCUAGUGCAAUUAAACAAAAUUUAAAAGUGCAAUGUGCUUACACUGAAUGGCAGCUGUCCUCUAGCAAUUCAGCUUCACACAUCUACUGCACCCACCCUGUGUCAUUGUCAUGUCUUCCAAGAAACAAAGUUGAACACAUUGUUGACAUUUGUUCUCUUGUAACAACAACCAAAAAAAAAAUAACUAUGUGUGCCCAGAUGAGGAAAAAUUGCAACUACUCUCCUCUAGUCAUUCUCAUGCAGAAAUAAACAGAAUCAAAACACCUUC